CAUCCCCCAAGUCCAUUCUCGACUCUAAAAUCGUCUCACUGAACGAUUUUAACUCUGGCACCGGAAACUUCAGGAAUAAUGCCUUUUUUUUUACUUUCCUCGGGUGUUUGUUUUUUGUUAUGCGACAUCGAGUUAAGAAUGAUGAUCUCAUCAAAUUCCAGUUGGCCUCAAAGUCGGUGUCUGCAUCAGAAUCCUCCAUGUCUUCUACUUAUCUGUCUAUCAGCUCUCCGUACGUCCCAGCCCCGGAGUCAUCAAAAGCCCACCGGUCGGGGUCCCACAAUUCCCGGUGCCCACGCCGGGAGCACAGCCGGCGACGUAAUGGAUCAUAGGCGCAAAAAUGAAUGUAGACAAGAUGCAAGCCUUUAGGCCAACAAUCAACAAUGCACAUGGUGUUCAUCUUUC